CUUUCAGAAGAAGAGAAAAUCCAGCGUUACAGCAUUCUUUCCGAGCUGUAUGAACGUAUUGGUUUUCACCGCAAGUCUGCGUUUUUCAAGCGUAUAGCAGCGAUGCAGUGCGCCGCACCCAGCAUCCCCGAACCCGGCUGGAGGGCCUGCUACAAACUGCUUUUGGAAACUCUCCCUGGCUACAGCUUAUCAUUGGACCCUAAAGAUUUCAGCAAAGGCACUCAUAGAGGAUGGGCGGCAGUACAGAUGCGUUUGCUUCAUGAACUGGUUUAUGCUUCCAGAAGAAUGGGCAAUCCUGCUCUAUGCGUCAGGCAUCUGUCUUUCCUUCUCCAGACCAUGCUGGAUUUUCUUUCUGAUCAAGAAAAGAAAGAUGUCACCCAGAGCUUGGAAAGCUACACAGCAAAAUGCCCCGGUACGAUGGAGUACAUCACUCUUCCAGAUGGUCUGAAGUUACCUCCUGUUCCCUUCACCAAAUUGCCCAUUGUGAGAUCUGUGAAGCUCUUGAACCUCCCGACCAGUCUCCGACCUCACAAAAUGAAAAGUCUUCUUGGUCAGAAUGUGUCAACCAAGAGCCCCUUCAUAUAUUCUCCAAUUAUUGCACACAGUCGUGGGGAAGAACGAAACAAGAAAAUAGACUUCCAGUGGGUCCAGGGAGAUGUGUGUGAAGUUCAGUUGAUGGUGUACAACCCUAUGCCUUUUGAGCUUCGAGUAGAAAACAUGGUAUGUAUCUUUCUCAAUCUCCCCUUUCUAUUGUUUUUCUAA